AUGGGCAAGAAGAAAUCAUCCUCCUCUUCCAAAACAACAACAACCACGACAACGAAAACCGUGUUAGGAAUUUCCAUAUCCUCUGCACGCACAUGUUCCAGUAAAGCACCCAUUCAAUACAUUCCACAUUUUGAAAUUUAUUCCCAAAUAUUGAAAUACACAUCGGGAAGAGAAGAUGAAACAUUAAUGAUGUGUUUCAACAAGUAUCUUUAUCAUGCAAAGGAUUUUUUGUAUUAUUAUUAUGAAUAUCCGUGGAAAGAUUUUACUAAUGUGAGAAGAGCUUUUCAUAAAUUCAUUCAAAUGCAAACAAUAUUGACACUUUUGAAAGGAAAGUAUUAUUUGGAAAUGUCAAACAAGAAGAAUGACGAAGAAGAAGAAGAAAAUGUUCAUUCAUUCAAGAGUGCAAAAGAGAAUCAUUUCAUGGAUACAAAUCAUCAUCAAUGUGAACAGUCAAUGAAAAAGACGAACAUUGUGAGUGUUGACUCAAAACAAAAGGAUGAAACAAAUUCUUCUGAGGAGACAAGUGACAUUUCCACUCGUGUCGUUCAUAUUGAUUUCAACAUGUUGAAAAAGACUGUCAAAGCCACACAACGCAUCGAUGCUUCCACUUUUCCUUCCGUCAUGAAUAUUGGAAAAAUCAUUGCUGGAGAUUGCUUAGAAACAGCUCUUGCUUUAAAACAAUUAUUGAAUUUAAAUCCAAUCCUGUUGGUGAAUGGAAGUUCAUCUCAUCCUGGUGGAGGAUAUGUCAAUGGAUCCUUUGCACAGGAGGAGGAUUUGUGUCGACGAUCUUCAUUGGCUCUUUGUUUGGAUGAUCCUUUCAAGUUGAAUGAAUCACGACAAUGGUCUUAUCCAUUGCCACAAUUUGGAGGUGUCUAUGUGCCUCAAUGUUUGGUGUUGAGAAAAUCUGUCCAGGAAGGAUAUGCAUUUUUGGAACAACCGGUCAUCAUUUCCAUGUUUUCCAUGGCUGCGUAUAUGAAUCCACCUGUAAAGAAGCGAUCGAUUGGACGACGAGAUGAAGUUUACAAGCAAGAAGUGUUUGAAUACUUUUUGGAUUCAAAAUUGGCCAAUGCUAUGAAACAGAAAAUUACAUCAUUAUUCGAGGUGGCUCUUCAAAAAGGACAUGAUUCUUUGGUGUUAUCACCGAUUGGUUGUAGAGCCUAUGCAAAUCCUUCGUAUCAUAUUGCAUGUUUGUUUAAGGAGGUGUUGCAAAGUGAAUUCUUUAGAAACAAAUUCAAAAUGGUUUUAUUUUCAGUGAUUGAAGAUCGGAAUUCAAUGAAUAAUCUAAAGAAUAUGUACAUGUCAUCGGAUGGAGAGAGAGGAGACCAUGUGAGUAGUUGUUCUGUUCCUAGUAAUCAGAAAAUUUUCGCAAAAGUGUUUCAUGGCUCCGAAAGUGGUUUGAGAUCUUUGAACGAAUUUUUGCAAGAUCACCUUCCGAUCAGGAAGUAA